UCAUUCCGAAUCCAAUGAGGUGUCACACGUAUUUUUAGGAGCAGUAUCUCUAUUUUUCAGCAUUAUGAAUUUAUCGAGUAGACUAGUAGUAAUGUAGGAAGGUAUAUAACAGGAUAGUCAGCAACUAAUAGACAGUGACAAUGGUGACAGCCAAAACAGCCAAAUAAAUUAUUGCAAUACACCUUUGAUCGUUUCCAUUAGAAAAAAUAAUAUGAUGUAUAGGUACAAUUUAUUUGUCUGUCAGUACCUAUUUUAUGCUGACUGGACUACUGUAUCUAACAACUUUCAAUAAAUUUACGCUAACUAUUAGCGCGUAAUUAUUGGCACCCGAAUUUAGAUGAUAAUAUACCUACCUACAUACAUUGUGUGUCUGUGGAUGUGCCCCUUUUUUUACGUGCUCGUUAAAGAAUAUAUCACAAACAAUGGCUUUGCAAAAACUCUAUUACAGGCUGGCUACCUAAUACCUAUUGCUUUAGCAAUGAACUAGUUUAGUAGGUGUUGUGCUCAUGCUAAUUUAACAUCAAUCAUGAUAUCUAAGAAGAAACACAUCGUGAAUCAAAUCCCAAUGAGGCCUAGUAUCCAAGGUCGUCGCUUUCGUACAAACUAGUGCCUGAGCCAAUUCUGGGGAUUAGGUUACCCCAGGCCACCCAGGCUCCCUAAAUGAUCAAGGAUGAUUAAGCAAACAUAUCGCGAUAACGUUAAGAGGAAAAUGCGCUGCGCCCACUGUUUGUCUGCCGACAGUGCCGAAUGUUAACGCGGCUUAUGUGCCGAAUGUGGCUCUCUUGGGAUGUAAUCGCGGUCUUUUGGUUUUUCUAAAAGUGAAUAUUUAGACAGGCCUAAAUAUUCGUAAGUUUUGUAACUCUUGGUCAUGAUUAGACAUUUGUAUUAUAAAUCUUGAACUUGAUGGAUAAAGUAACAAUCCCACUGCUAAGAAUUUUUUUGUUAGAAGUUGGAACCAUUUAGGAUGACGGGAGAGCCAAAUAAACAAAGACAUACAACCAUAAUUAUACUAUACGUAAACGAAAUUAUAUUACAAUUAUCAUUAACUUUCAACAUUCGACCUACUUCAAUAUCAAUAUAAAUUAGCAACAACAAGAUAGCUACAAAACAGCGAAAUUUAACAUUGCCUUGAAGUUAUCACAGGCGCAGAUUUUUUGGGGAAUUCCCCAUUCGGUCAUACUGUACCGUAACAAUUAGAGUAUGACGAAUAUGACCAUAUAACCUCCAUAAUCAGGUCCAACAUUACGUGUUCUGACCUACAUCACCAAAACUAUACAACCUCCGGAUUAGCAUUGUGUAACCUCCGUUAAAGCAAUUGUGGAACAAUAAAGUACAUAAACUCCGUAGAUCGCCAAUAAGAACAAUAGAAACAGUGAAAGUACAGCAGCAUCGGACCGCAGCCAUUGUUACAUUCAUUGUUCUAAAAGUCCUUGACGCAAUCAAUUUAAAGAAUUAAUUUCUUGCAAACUUGAUGUACCUCUACGACACAAUCCGGUAUUGUUCAACUUCCGUUUUGUCAACAGUGACCAAUCCUAAUCAUCCAAAACACAGUUAAAGCUCUAUCAUUAAUACUAAGAUCGAGCAGCACAAAGGCCACGUCGUCAUAAUUAAAAUGUACAGUCAACCAAUUUGAACCCUAGGCCACUAUAGAACCUUGUCGCUUUAACUACUCUAUACAUGACAUGCAUCACUCAAUAAGCACUGUCGUAGAAGUCAUUAUGACAUGGUUCUAUAGUGGCCUAGGAAUCAAAUUGGUUGACCGUACUUUUUCACAUUUUAAAUAACCUUUAACAUUGAAAACCUUCGACAUAGUUAAAUCAGCGCCACCUAGUGAGUCAAACCUAUCUAAGAAUCAUUCUCAUCAGGAAACAAUUACGAAUAAAAAAACCGCGCUCUCUUCGGUUCAUCUGUUGGGAAGCUACGAUUCCAAAAACAUGCACUAAAUAGGCGCUUGAGGCACUCGCAGUGCACCCGCACGAGAUAUAAAAGUUAGGCAUAUAACGCCGCCCUUUUCCGUUGGGGCUUAAAUAGCGAACAGGCGCCGAAAUUAUUCCAGUGUUCCAUGAACGAAACACUUAACAAAAACAAAAAUAUAACAGAAUUUAUUUUAUUCCAGAUGCGUAAUACUUGGAUUCUUGGAUGUAACACUAAUUAAUAUAAUGAGCGGCGCAGCAGUGAAGAAAUGCUACUUAAGACUGAGAGGGUUUGCUUAUGCCUGGUCUUACUAAUAACGGUUUCUUCAGGGCAGACAGUAUGUCCAGCUUCGGAGACUAUUCUUCCAUGCAUAUGCACCAAUCGAAACGAAGAUAUUCAAAUAUGGUGCACGCACAGCGAUUUGCCACAAGUGUUGAAGGGCGUACAAAAGAUCGGAGACACCGUCAGAAGAUCUAUAGAUGAGCUCAUUAUAGAAAACAACUAUUUACCUUCGCUACCUGGAAAGAUAUUCAAAAAUGUAAAGAUACUUCGAUUGAUGUUGCGACAUAAUGGACUGGAAAGACUAUCCGUAGCAUGGUUGGAAACUCAAGAGACGAAUUUAGUUGAAAUAUUUAUAGUAGAAAAUGAUCUAAAGAGCAUACCGUCUGAAAGUUUGAUGAAACUGCAAAACCUUCAAGCAAUCACUAUACAAUCGCACAAUCUAAAGAGGAUACCUGCCCUCACAGGAAUGCCAAGAUUACGCUACAUCAACGUCCAAUCUGGAAGUCUGAAUGCUGUGAAUGAGCGCACUUUUGAAGGUUUACCCAACGUGGAAAGGCUGUUUAUUAAAGGUAGUCCAAAUCUUCGAAUUAUCAAAGAAAAUGCAAUCUAUAAUUUACCAAAAUUAAAGAAAUUAGAGAUAACCAACUGUGGCAUAAAUGUCAUUCACAUGAGAGCGCUAUCUCUUCUACCUGUGCUGACUGAGCUUUCUUUUAGUGACAAUAAAAUAACGGAUGCAUCUAUGGUUGGAAGAGCUACAAGAGAUUUACCGGCGCUGUCUAUCUUAAAUCUUAAUAACAACUUAAUUGACAAGUUAAACGAAGGAGCCUUUGUAGACCAGGGAAUGUUGGAAAGCCUGUUCCUGUCAAACAACAACAUUAAUGUAAUACAUCACGGAGCAUUUCACAGAGUUCCUAAGUUGAGAGUAGUAGAUCUAAAUUAUAACAACAUAAAUCGCAUUCAUCCCGAAUCAUUCUUACAACAAUCUAGCAGUGGCGUUGAAGAACUAAAUCUUAUCGGCAAUCAAAUAACGCAUAUUUCAGAAUUCAGAGCUUUGCUGGACGCAUUACCUCGUUUGAGGUUUUUGGAUAUGAGUGAAAAUUUACUUCAGGACAUUCCAAGAGGUGCUCUAAGAGGCCAUCCGAGUUUGGAACGUCUUCAUUUAAAUAAGAAUAAUAUAAAGUUCAUACAAGCAGACGCAUUUAUGGCCAUGCCUGCCUUAAGAGAAUUGCAUUUAAGUAAUAAUUCCUUGACCGAUUUUAAUGAAGGACCAUUUUGGAAUCUACCAGCGUUAAAGGGUUUAGAUUUAUCAUUUAAUUAUUUUCAACGUCUGCAACCGAAGUUACUCUACAACUUACCAUCACUUAGGAGAAUUAAUCUAAGUAAUAAUCAAUUGACAAUGAUUGACCCGAUUACGUUUAUUGAGUCCCCGUUGCUAGAGUAUGUAAACAUAUCAGGCAAUGCUUUGGUGUCCAUACAUCCUGCGACUUUUAGAAACCUGGCCAGCCUUUAUGAAAUUGACGCAAGUUACAACCGACUGAUAGAAUUUGUUCCUGGACUUCCAAGAGGUCUAGAACAACUAUAUUUACAAAGGAAUCAGAUCACUAGCUUACCAGUACCACCAUCUCCAGACUUAGAUCUACCAUCACUAAGAACAUUAGAUAUUUCAAACAACGGAAUUCAAAAAAUGCCCCGUGGAAGUAUUAAAACUUUACAUAACUUACGUAGGCUGUACAUGAGACGCAAUGGGUUAAGACAGGUCGAUCCAACGACUUUUGGAGACUUGGAGAAACUCGAGCUAUUAGAUCUAGGUGAAAACCAGAUUAUAUCAGUUCACCCAAAAAGUUUUACAAAGCUGCAAUACUUGAAACAAGUUAAUUUACAUGGUAACACCAUUGAAAAUUUUGAUUUUAUGGCUGUACAAGACAAUGCCGCAUUAUCAACACUGGAUUUCAGUAAAAAUAGACUAAAAAGUAUAAGUCCGAAUAUUGUUAGUAGAGCUCUCGAUAUUGAAAUAUUAAAUAUCUCAUCUAAUAAUCUUGUAGAGUUGCCUAUAUCUCUGAAUAUGCUACCUAAACUACGUCUAUUAGAUGCCAGUUACAAUCAUAUAAAAUUAUUUGAUGGCAAUGCCAUCAAUAGCAUCCAUACAUUGAAGGAAAUAAAUAUGGUGAACAACAAGGUCAUAGAACUACGCUCCGGUAGUUUUGAAGAUUUGAGAGAGCUGGAAACUAUACAUUUUGAAAGUAAUCAAAUAGAAAUCAUUCAUCCGAAAGCGAUCAUUAACCUUCCAAAUCUCGUAUCCAUACAUUUGAGCAGAAAUCAUAUAAUAGACCUACCGGAUAGAGUAUUCUCAAAUCUUCCAAAGUUAAGGAUUAUAGAGUUGCAAGGGAAUCGGUUGCAAUACAUCUCGUUGCGGGCAUUUGAGAACCUCCCUCUAGUUCAGUAUUUGAACAUGAGUAAUAAUCAAUUGACGAAUAUCGAUAAUUCAGGACUAAGGCAACUCGCAUCUUUAGAAGUACUGGACCUGAGUUUCAAUAAACUGAACAAGAUCACUAGGGCAUCAUUUCAAUACAUGGAAUGGCUGGUGGAGCUCAACCUAGACAAUAAUCUGAUCUGCUACGUCGGUGGCCAGCCGUUCGACUUCAUGCCGCGGCUGAAGGUGCUCUCGCUGCAACACAACAAAUUGACAACAGUUGGCGAACCGGUAUUUGCGAAACUGAGAAAUAAUAUUGCAAUUUUGGAUAUUGAUGGAAAUCCGCUAAUUUGUAACUGCAGAAUAAUUUGGCUGAAAUCCUGGCUGGCGGAAUCAUCCUCUAUAGGGCCCAAAUGUGCCGACGGAACCUACGUGAAAGGAAUGCCUUUCUCGAGAAGCGACUGCGCAAAUACCCCUACAGGUGACGAGGAUUUGAGAUCUUGUGUAGCCCUCGAAAACGAAGCACUACUCCCCAAUUUAGCGACAUCUCAAGUUUUCUCAACUAUGGACAAAAUAAAAGAUUACACCCAACAAAUCAAAAAUAACUACCACAUCAACAAACUCAACAGACCUUCUCCUGAAGAGUCAGAAUAUUUCUACGACGAAUACGUCGACUAUCCGUACAACGAAACCCUUAUCGAUGGACUCAAUGAGAUAAACGCGCAAAAUAAAAAUAAAUCACAUUACACACCAGGAGAUACACCUACUCUUUAUGCGGAGAUGAAGAAUACAACUGAGAAAAAUCCCGCACCUGAUGCAGGUAGCAGCGGUUUUACGUUCUUCGGGAUGCCUUUGCCCACUAUCAACAUGGGACAGUUGCUUAAUACCGGGCGCAAGAUAGACUGGCAAGAAAACAAGCAACAAAAACCUGCAGACAAAUACCAAAUACAUGACCCUCCGAAGUUCGAGACAGGUGGAUUUUCACCUAUACUCCCAACUACCACCACUGGUUUCAAACCAAUAACAAACCCAAACAUAAGUGUGUCACACAAUGCUGUCGCAAGUGUGGGUGACGCGAAAUACAGCGCCAAGGGCAGUGUGCAACACAGUGUUGUAGGAUCAUCAACAAAACCACCAGUAAACACAGUUCAAAGGAACUCUACACAUCAGAAAAUGAAGAGCGAAAUUCAUGAGAUUCAGGCAUUUUUGAAUGAUGAUAACAGCACUCACGUAGCUUACAACAGAACUAAGGCUAUAGAAGAAGAAAAGAUCGACCCUAAUAACAUCAGCAAGUACAAUCUGAUGGAAUCUAAUUUGACAGUGAAUCACAUAACAGAAAAAGAGGGCUUACUGAUUACUACAGAUACUAGCAACGACAUGUCUUUACAGGCCUGGCUGGAGACAAGCACCCAGCCAUUCAUAGGCUCUACAGUGACCUCUAAGCCCCCUAUAAAGAAACAUAUUGAAAAUAACCCACCAACAGCACUGUCAGCCAUUCUAGUACCAAACAAUGAGGAAUUAGCAAGACGAAACUAUACUAAAAGACCAGCCACUAUAACAAAAGUGACAAUGCCUCAUGCUGAGCAUUAUGACAAUCAUGACAACUAUUUGCCUGUUAUAAACAGAGAGGCUAAAACGAGGUUUUCUGAACUAUCCAAUAUAGGGAAUACAAAGACUAGACAGGCAGAAGAUAGAGACUGGUAUUAUAAAAAUUACAAUAACUCUAAUUUAGAGCCAUAUAUUGCUCCAGGAGUGCACAACUCAGGGGGUGAUAUUGUUAAAGUUAAGAUUUACAUCAUUGUAGUUGGAUUAUGUUUGACACUGUAUUGUUAGAAAGUAAUGUGUUCCUUAUUGAAUAAAACAAAAUUUAAACUCUAAUUUUAAACUUGUCACUGAACUUAAAA